UAUGUCUCACCAAACCCCCCCCCGUCCAUCACCUUCUUUUGAGUCCAGACAUUCGUUUGUAUCAGACUCAGCGUGGGGCUCCCCUGUGGCACCCAAGCAUGAUGAUGACCCCUUGAGUCAAACCACCCGGCACGAGGGUUCUCAGGAAAUCGCCCGCCAGAUCCGAUAUCUGCACAGGCCGUUCUAUCUUCGCUUCUCGCAUCCUGGUCGCGGGGCCACGGGGAUAGGCCAGAUUUGCGCUGGAUACGGUUUAGCCCACGCGGCGGGGGCGCGCUUGAGCACAUUUUCAAUGUAUGCUGACUCCAACAGCAGCGGCUAAGAAAAAAAAAAGAAAGCCCGCCGAGAAGGUCUGAGAUGUUUGCUGGAAUAUUGCCGGCAAAUUCCUGCUGAUAAUGGCGUAAUAUUAUGCUCAUUUUGCCUCUGGGCUUUGAGUUGCUGAUAAUAAAAAAUUACCACCGUGAGCGAUUCCAGCCCUCGCGGAGAACGGCUGUCUGUGUAUUAUUAUCUGUGACAUCUGUGCUUCCACAUUGUGCUUCCUAUCCAAGGACCCUGCCCCGCUCUCAAGCGCUGAGCGGAACAAUCGGUUCUCAUAACUUCUCGUUCCUGUCGUUCCUGUGUUGCUUGUUUUUAUGCGACGGUAGAUGUUUCUCUGCUCUAGUCUGUUGUCAGCAAUGGGAGGAACAUAAAGAAAGCAACAUUGGACGCCUUUCUUUCUCCCAGCAAUUAGAGACAUCAAAAGAUAUCAUUGAUCCCUUAUAUUUUCAUAUUCGUAUAUCGGACACUUUUUAUCUGUCGAACAUACCAUACCCCCAUUUUGGGGUAAACAACCAGCACAAUGAGCCAUGCCGGGCAUGGAGGGGGAGGGGGAGGUGCCUCUACAGGAGAUGCUCCCAGCUACUUCUAUAUGCAACAGAUGUACUGGGCGGUGGUGGGGAGCGCCAUCGGGGUAGCCACCGUGGGCAAUGUCCUGAACAAGAUUGUAGCAGCCCAGAGACUUGUUGAUUCGAGCCCGACCCCGUCGAAACCGAAAUCUCUUUUCUUUAGCAUAUAUGCUACCAUUACGGCCAUGAUGAGAGAGGUUUCCAAUUACCCCCUUGCCCCGAUCAUUAUAGGCCGUGCCGAAUUUCAUCUACCCCCUCUCGGGCCGACGAUGCUUAUGCUUGCCAAUCUAAUCGUGGUUAUGGUCCUCUGCUCAUACAAAAUGAACAUGUUGGACGAAUGGAGCUGGGAGAGUGUGGGCUAUCGCACUGGAUUUGUCGCUUUCGCACAGCUACCUCUAGUGAUACUCCUCUCUAACAAAACUAAUAUCAUUGGCCUCCUCAUCGGGUCGAGCUAUGAGAGACUAAAUUGGCUUCAUCGGUGGGUUGCAAGGACAAUGUGGCUCACCGCAACCAUCCAUAUGGGGUUCUGGUUCCGCUCCUGGGCCAGAUAUGAUUACAUUACAGUAAAGUUGACUACAGACCCCAUAACACAGCGAGGAUUCGCUGCCUGGUGUAUCUUGACCUUCAUUGUUUUGGUCUCGGUGGCGCCCGUGCGGAAACUCAGCUACGAGAUCUUUGUGUUGGUGCAUGUUCUUACAUUUGUUGGCUUCCUCGUAGCUGUGUGGUAUCAUGCUCAGGAUGAGGUGAGAGAGUGGGUGUGGAUACCGAUUGGAUUACUCGUCUUUGAUCGACUCGCUAGAUAUGCCUUGGUAUUAUGCUCCAACCUCUCAAUUUUUCAUCCGCGUCGGAACGCAACAACCGCACAACGCCUUUGGGCCCACGAGGCCACCUUCACCCCUCUCCCCGGAAAUGUUACACGAAUUACAGUGCCGAACCCAGUGAUAUCCUGGAAGCCUGGACAACAUGUUUUACUAUCAUGUCAUGGCCUGGUCCCACUUCAAAGCCAUCCUCUUACCAUAGCUUCGAUUCCGGGGGACAAGAAACUAGAAUUCCUAGUGCGCGCACAAAAGGGGGGAACGAAGAAAUUUUUCUCAUAUGCGUCAAAAAAUCAUGACCUUCUGGGCGGGCGCUGCACUAGUUCCGGGAAUGUUAAGCUUGUCGGAGUAGAAGGCCCGUACGGAAGGAUAAGGCCGCUACGGCAGUUCGAUAGCCUGGUGCUACUUGCUGGGGGUAUGGGCGCCACAUUCACCAUGCCCCUAAUGCGUGAUGUUGUGGAGGGCUGGAAGAGCGAAUGUCUAGUCAAAGCCCCCCAGCGUGGGUCUUUCCUCUCAUCUCCCAACCGGUCAGUUACCAAACGGAUCCGCUUUAUCUGGGUAAUUAGAUCCCGAUCACUACUCAGCUGGUUCUCUGAGCAUUUAGAUGCCGCCCUACAAGAUAUAGAUGCAUGCCAGCAGCGUAACCCUACCUUUAAGGGGGAGCUCGAGAUCAGCAUCUAUGUUACAUGCGACGAGGAGAUGGCUUCAACAUCAAAAUCCGAACCGCAGUUGCCAUCACCACAAUCAGUGAAGCUGCAAAUUACCAACCCUACUUUGCUAAAAAGUGAACUAGCCAGAGAAGAAAUCCUGGAGAAAAACAUUGAAACUAUCUCCAUCACCUCCGCCUCAACAACCGAUGAAUCCGGCCCACAAACGGGACGUAACGAGUGCCAACCAGAUGGCGGAUGCUGUUGCACGCGCGAAGUCACCGACGAAAAUUCUUCCUUCCCACCCUGCAACUGCUCAGGCCCAUCUUUUUCACCACAAACUCCUCUAUCAGAACGAGAACAGACGAUAACCCAAGAAAAAUCAACCCUCACCUCAAACCCAACUCCACCACAAAAGCCCUCCCCAACAACAACCACCACCGCCACCACACAAGAGCUCACUUCCCACCCACUCCCAAAGUCAGUACUCGACCCUCGUGUCCGAAUUCUCUCGGGCCGGCCCGACUCGCGUGGCAUAAUCCGCAAAGUCCUCGAGGUGGCUGAAGGCGAGAGCGGCGUCGUGGUAUGUGGCCCACGUGGGCUUAAUAGUGAUGUACGUGGCAGUAUCGUGUCGCUAAGUGACGAGCGGGCAGUCCAUAAGGGUACGGGGGCCCAAGGGAUAUAUUUACAUGUAGAGAGUUUUGAGUUCUAAUAUCUCCUUUUCUUCGACUUCUUGGAUUUUCGAGUCUCUGUAUGUAUCUUGGGACAGCAUUGGCACCUUUUCUCUAGAAUGAACGUUAAGCAUAGGCUGGAUAUCUGGUGUUUGACAUCAGCUACGAUACUUUUAUUUCUCUCUCUCUGUUUUUUUUAUUCCUAGAUAAUAUAUUCUUCUUCAAUUUAUAAAUGUAUGUAGUCAAGAGGCUAUACUCCGUAUAUAACAUCUAUCUGAGCUAAGAUGAACUCGGAAUUUUUCUAGUUACAAAAAUAGUACAGAUGACACUUCCGUAGCCGGAGCUGCAUGGUCCGUGCUCAACUGGCGCAUCUUCAAAUCACUGACGACAAUCAGC